GCUGAAGGGAGAAAAGAAGAAGCUAGGUUGAGUGACCUCUGGUUAGCGGACAUCGACACCGCACACCAAAAAAUAAUGAAAUUUAAAUGACAAGGCAACACACAGUGUAUGGCAAAAACCGACGACCCCGAACGGCUUUUACGUCUCAGCAACUAUUGGAACUGGAGAAACAAUUUAAGGUUAGCAAAUAUUUAUCACGGCCGAAACGAUACGAGGUAGCCAACAAUUUACUCUUAUCAGAAACACAGGUAAAAAUCUGGUUUCAAAACCGAAGAAUGAAAUGGAAGCGAUCAAAAAAGAUUGGUGAUGUGAAGAAAAAUUCUCAAAGGCAACCUUAUUCAAUAUCUACAAAUAGUAACAAGGUUUACCCGGAGCAAUGCGCCAAAAACACAAUCGAAAAACUAACUAAAAUUGAGUAUUUUCAAUCUAAUGACAGCCUUACGAGUAACUAUUCCGAACAAUGUACAAAAAGAGGUAAGACUUCAUCCAGUGCAUCAGCGGAUCAUUUAGAUCAACAAAAAAAGAAUGUUUUUAAGCCGUAUAUAAAGUAA